UGUCCGUGCGCGCAAGCAUGCUGGCAGGCGCUGGUACUUCAUUGGACUGGUCAAACCUGGCAGCGGCGUGAGUUACGCCAAUUUCUGUGGAACUGUAUGUCGAGAUCGCCACCAAAACUGUCAUCAGCAGUACGAGCGCGAUUGCGUUCAGCUUUUGCUGAUGAAGUUGCAGCAUACGAGGUGGAAUGGAACAGGAUAUGGUGGAUACUAAGUUCCAUUUGUAUCACAGUCCUAUGGAAACAACGCAACCGAGUCGCGCACCAAGGGGAACAAGUGACACAGCACGGCAGUCAACAAGAGUUCUUGAAAAUCGGGCUGCAACAGUUACGGGCGUUGGCUUUACGCGAAAGAAGACGCUCCCAAACCAAAAUCCAAGGCACGCGCCUGCUCCUAUGUUUAGGAAUCUUGGCGCGACAGCCACUAGAGGCACCACCGCAAGGGGUGAGUCAAGUACAGCCACCGGAUCGCUCGACGACACCGGCGUUAAUAUCCUGGCUUAGGAAAUUCCAGACAUCUUGUACACAGUAA